CUCUCCUACAGAUGGAGAUGGACGAUGGGAAAGGUGGCACGGGGCUCCGUCAGUACUACCUGUCCAAGAUUGAGGAGCUGCAGCUCAUCGUGAACGAGAAGAGCCAGAAUCUGCGUCGCCUGCAGGCACAGAGAAAUGAGUUGAAUGCUAAAGUGCGCCUGCUGCGGGAAGAGCUGCAGCUGCUGCAGGAGCAGGGGUCCUACGUGGGAGAAGUGGUGAGAGCCAUGGACAAGAAGAAAGUGCUCGUCAAGGUGCAUCCGGAGGGGAAGUUUGUGGUGGACGUGGACAAGAACAUCGACAUUAACGACGUCACCCCGAACUGCCGCGUGGCCCUGCGCAAUGACAGCUACACGCUGCACAAGAUCCUGCCCAACAAAGUGGACCCUCUCGUGUCCCUGAUGAUGGUGGAGAAGGUUCCGGAUUCCACUUACGAGAUGAUCGGGGGGUUGGAUAAGCAGAUAAAGGAGAUCAAGGAAGUGAUCGAGCUGCCGGUCAAGCACCCUGAGCUUUUUGAGGCGCUGGGGAUUGCCCAGCCCAAGGGCGUGCUGCUCUAUGGACCCCCCGGCACAGGCAAGACCUUGCUGGCCAGGGCCGUGGCCCACCACACCGACUGCACUUUCAUCCGCGUCUCAGGCUCCGAGCUGGUGCAGAAGUUCAUCGGCGAAGGCGCCCGCAUGGUGCGGGAGCUGUUUGUGAUGGCCCGGGAACAUGCUCCCUCCAUCAUCUUCAUGGACGAGAUCGACUCCAUUGGCUCCUCCCGCCUGGAGGGGGGCUCUGGCGGGGACAGCGAGGUGCAGCGCACGAUGCUGGAGCUCCUCAACCAGCUCGAUGGCUUUGAGGCCACCAAAAACAUCAAGGUGAUCAUGGCCACGAACCGCAUUGACAUCCUGGACUCGGCUCUGCUGCGCCCUGGCCGCAUCGACAGGAAGAUUGAGUUCCCCCCUCCCAAUGAGGAGGCCCGCCUAGACAUCCUCAAGAUCCACUCCCGGAAAAUGAACCUGACGCGGGGCAUCAAUCUGCGGAAGAUUGCGGAGCUGAUGCCGGGGGCGUCAGGCGCAGAAGUGAAGGGGGUGUGCACAGAAGCUGGCAUGUACGCGCUGAGGGAGAGGCGGGGGGCGGGAGUGAUGCAGAAGGACAGUGAGAAGAACAUGUCCAUCAAGAAGCUGUGGAAGUAA